CAAUAACCGAAUAAUUUCUCGAGAAAAAAUAAUGACUUUCCGGUGAAGAUUUUUUUUUACGACGGCUUCUCCUGACAACGGAAGGUGUUGAGAAAGUGGCGGAAUUUGAUUUUGUUUCCUCUCCUCUCCUAUCUAAACAAGGUCUGUUUUCGUGAGAUCCAGAUAUUCAAUUUGGAUUCAAAAUCGUGAAUUGGGUUUUGGAUUGAUUUCUGUUACUGGUCUGUGUGCUUUGAUCUGAAUGUUGUUUCAUUCUCUAGUUGUCAGAUUUACUGAUGAUGGGAAUAAGCAAAACGGAGAUCAAUUUGCGGAGAUUGCUUUCCGCUGCACCUAACCAGCAAAAUCAGUCGAAGCUUAUGCAUUAUGUUGCUACAUUGAGGGAACAAUUAGAACAACUCUCCGAAGAAAAAACCCCUGAAGGCCUUCCCAGAGUUACAAAGGCUAAGGUUAAUGAGUACUAUGAGAAGAUUGAAGCUGUUGCUUCCAAGAUAGCUUCUCAAGAGCCUGAGACAGAGGUAUCUGAUGAACCCUUUGCAAAAGAUUCGACUAGUGGAAGCUCACCAAAAAUAGAAGAUGAGCCUCGAAGCCCCACUUCGCCACAGCUGAGAAGAAGAAUCGUCCCUGCAAGUUCCAAGGAGCAAAGCUUUGAUGCUGCUGAUGCUGAUUCAUCAAAACCAAUAAAACUAGACACCGCAGCUCAAGCGCACAUUGACAAGCACAGAAAGCUUCAAGAGGAUCUAACCGAUGAAAUGGUGGUACUUGCAAGACAACUCAAGGAGAGAAGUCAAGCGAUUAGUCAAUCUGUGCAAAAUACAGAAAAGAUACUUGACUCUACCGAGGAGGCCAUUGAGCAAAGCCUAGCGAGCACAGGACACGCGACAACAAGAGCGACAAAGAUAUAUUCACAAAGCUCAAAGACAAGUUGCUUCCAGUGGCUCUUGAUCUUCGCCAUGAUCUGUGUGUUCAUAAUGGUUGUUCUGUUGAUCCGGGUCACAUAGAAAUUGUUCAGAUUGUAAUACCAAAUUAGUGAAAUCCAAAAAACAUUUCAGUCUCUUUAUCAUACAGUUUGUGAAAGUUCUUUUGACUUUUGUAAAUUCUGAGUUUUUGAUAUGUGAAACUAUACUUCUAAAAGAUAUGCCAGAAAUCAGUACAAUUUGUUUGUGAAGAGGAAUUGAGAAAUGAAGAAUUGUAAUUUAACCGGUUUGGUUUGAA